GGCCGGCAGCAGCUCGCUCCGCCCUGCCGAGCUGCACGCACCCAGCCAGGGGCCGGGAGCACCGGAACGGGGCUGAGCCCGGGAGCCCGCAGCGAGCCGAGAGCCAUGGCGUGCCGAGCCGCGUCCCCCGGUACCGCAGCCCCGGGGGCUCCCUUCCUGCUUCGUCCCGGCCCGGCACGUCCCAGGGCGGCAUUAAUGGGACUCGGGGCUGCUGCCGUGCUGCUGUGCGCGGUGCUGGGCCCCGAGCCGAGCGAGGCUCAGCCCUUCCCUUUCCGAGACCCAACGCUGCCCUGGCGCCGCCGCCUCGAGGACCUGCUGGGCCGGCUGAGCCCUGAUGAGAUGGUGCUGCAGGUAGCCAGGGGGGGAGCGAUGGGGAACGGCCCCGCGCCCCCCAUCCCGCGCCUGGGCAUCGGGCCCUACAACUGGAACACCGAGUGCCUGCGGGGCGACGCGGAGGCGCCCGGGUGGGCCACGGCUUUCCCCCAAGCGCUGGGGCUCGCCGCUGCUUUCAGCCCCGAGCUCGUGUACCGGGUGGCCAACGCCACCGCCACCGAGGUGCGCGCCAAGCACAACCACUUCGCUGCCACCGGCCGCUACGACGACCACACGGGGCUCAGCUGCUUCAGCCCCGUGCUCAACAUCAUGAGGCACCCGCUGUGGGGCAGGAACCAGGAGACCUACGGGGAGGACCCGUUCCUGAGCGGGGAGCUGGCGGCGAGCUUCGUGCGGGGGCUGCAGGGCCGGCACCCGCGCUACAUCAAGGCCAGCGCCGGCUGCAAGCACUUCAGCGUGCACGGGGGCCCCGAGAACAUCCCCGUCUCCAGGCUCAGCUUCGAUGCCAAGGUGCUGGAGCGGGACUGGCGCACCACCUUCCUGCCCCAGUUCCAGGCGUGCGUGCGUGCCGGGUCCUACAGCUUCAUGUGCAGCUACAACAGGAUCAACGGCGUUCCCGCCUGCGCCAACAAGAAGCUGCUGACGGACAUCCUGCGGGGCGAGUGGGGCUUCGAGGGCUACGUGGUGAGCGACGAGGGGGCCGUGGAGCUCAUCAUGCUGGGGCACCGCUACACCCGCACCUUCCUGGAGACGGCCGUCGCGUCGGUGAACGCCGGCUGCAACCUGGAGCUGUCCUACGGGAUGAGGAACAACGUCUUCAUGCACAUCCCCCAGGCCCUGGCCAUGGGCAACAUCACGCUGGAGACGCUGCGCGCCAGGGUGCGGCCCCUCUUCUACACGCGGCUGCGGCUGGGGGAGUUCGACCCCCCAGCCAUGAACCCCUACAGCGCCCUGGACCUCGGCGUGGUGCAGAGCCCUGAGCACCGCAACCUCUCGCUGGAAGCUGCCGUCAAGAGCUUCGUGCUGCUGAAGAACCAGCGGGACACGCUGCCCCUGCGCGCACGCGACCUGCCCGGCAAGCGCCUGGCGGUGGUGGGCCCCUUCGCGGACAAUCCCCGGGUGCUUUUUGGGGACUACGCGCCGGUGCCGGAGCCGCGGUACAUCUACACGCCCCGGAGGGGGCUGCAGAUGCUGCCGGCCAACGUCAGCUUUGCGGCGGGGUGCCGGCAGCCGCGGUGCCAGCAGUACUCGCGGGCAGAGGUGGAGGAUGCGGUGCGGGGAGCCGACGUGGUGCUGGUGUGCCUGGGGACAGGGAUAGAUGUGGAGACGGAGGCGAAGGACCGGAGGGAUCUGGCGCUGCCAGGCCACCAGCUGGAGCUGCUGCAGGACGCCGUGCGGGCAGCCGCCGGGCGCCCCGUCAUCCUGCUGCUCUUCAACGCGGGGCCCCUGGACGUGAGCUGGGCGCAGGCACACGACGGCGUGGGGGCCAUCCUGGCCUGCUUCUUCCCCGCCCAGGCCACCGGGCUGGCCAUCGCCAGGGUCCUGCUGGGCGAGCAGGGGGCCAACCCCGCCGGCAGGCUGCCGGCCACGUGGCCAGCGGGCAUGCACCAGGUAAGGGCAGGGCAAGCAGCACCCCGCAGCCCUCGGUGGUCCCGGGGGGGCUGUGGGGUGCCCCCAUUCAGCCUGCACCAGACGGCCCCGCUUCCCGCAGGUGCCCCCCAUGGAGAACUACACCAUGGAGGGGCGGACGUACCGCUACUACGGGCAGGAGGCCCCGCUCUACCCCUUCGGGUACGGCCUGUCCUACACCACCUUCCAGUACCGGGACCUGGUGCUGAGCCCCCCGGUGCUGCCCAUCUGCGCCAACCUCUCCGUGUCCGUGGUGCUGGAGAACACGGGGCAGCGGGACGGCGAGGAGGUGGUGCAGCUGUACCUGCGGUGGGAGCAGCCGUCGGUGCCGGUGCCCCGCUGGCAGCUGGUGGCCUUCCGCCGCGUGGCCGUGCCGGCCGGCCGGGCGACCAAGCUGUCCUUCGGGGUGCUGGCCGCCCAGCGCGCCGUCUGGACGCAGCACUGGCACCUGGAGCCCGGCACCUUCACCCUCUUCGCCGGUGGGCAGCAGCCGGGCCAGCAGACGAGGGCGCCUUCGGAGGUGCUGAGCGUGCGGUUCAGCACCAGCGGGGCCGCACGGCCGCUGCGCGAGUGCUAGGGGCGGGAAGGGGCACGGGGACGGGUCCUGGGCACGGGGAGCAGGGGGAAGGAGGAGGCUGCUUGGACACGGGGAGCACAGCGCUCUGCCUUACAAUAAAGUGCCCAGCGCUGCUCCAGGAGGCUGUGUCGGGUCAGGAUGGCUCGCUGCCCUGUGCUGCGUGGUGGUGCCACCCCCAGCGCACCCUCACCGCGGUUCAGAGCCCCCCCUGACUGCCCCGAGCUGCU